AUGUUUCUAGUUGGGAGCCUCGUUGUCCUCUGUGGGCUGCUGACCCAGAGUACAGCCCAGCUGGCAGGUGUGCCCGUGCCCUUGGGCCAGGAUGUGCCCUUGGGCCAGGACGUGCCCUUGCCACUGCCUCCAAAUCCCACACAACAUCUUGCUGGAAGCUUCACAAAUGCUGUCAGCGGUGGCCUGAAGUCUAAAGGACUGCUGAGUAUUUUGGAAAAUCUUCCACUCCUGAAUAUUUUAAAGUCUGGAGGAGACACUUCUCAUGGCCUGGUUGGGGGCCUGGUUGGGGGCCUGCUUGAAAAACUGACAUCACUCCCUCUCCUGAAUGACAUCCUCGACAUAAAAAUCACUGACCCCCAGCUGCUGGAACUUGGCCUCGUGCAGAGCCCUGAUGGCCAUCGUCUCUACGUCACCAUCCCUCUGGGCUUGAAACUCAAAGUGAAAACGCCCGUGGUCGGAAGUCUUUUGGAACUGGCUGUGAAGCUGAACAUCACUGUAGAAGUCUUAGCCGUGAGAGACAAUCAGGGGAGGGUUCAUCUGGUGCUUGGUGACUGCACCCACUCCCCUGGUAGCCUGCAAAUCAUCUUGCUCAAUGGAGACACUCCCCUUCAAAGUCUUGUAGACAGCCUCAUAGAGAUACUGACUAAAGUCCUUCCUGACCUCAUCCAGGGCAAGGUGUGUCCUCUGAUCAAUGGGAUUCUCAGCCAGUUGGAUGUCACCCUGGUGCAUGACAUUGUUGAAUUACUGAUCCAUGGAGUAGAGUUCGUCAUCAAAAUCUAG